AUGGGCUGCGCCACGUCUACUUCCCAUUGUCUGCAUUGCCAUGGACCUUCUGCUGAACUGAGGUCAUCCAAUCUAAGUGAACUUACCUCACCUGAAAAUUCUACAAUUUCACAUAUUCAGUCUUUUAGACAAAAAGACGAAUAUGCUCUUGGCGAACAGGGACACGAUAAUCUUUGCCUUAGUGAUCUUGACGAGAAUGACAUUUUCCAAAAACGGGGUAAAAAAACUGCCAUAAACGAUGAGAGGGAAAAUGGGUUAAUGUCAUCAGAUGAUAGUGGACAAGUUAAUACAAGAGACUACCGUCAAAGAAAUGACCCAGAGCUGAAGAACUUGCAUCGACCAAUUGCACCCACAAAGCUUACGAUAGAAGAUCUAUUCUGGAAGGGUAAACGCAAACUUAUUCCAGAUUUAACUGCUCUACGACGUUUUGAUAAACAUGCACUACAGGCACCUGUGGAACUUAAAAAUGAUGUUACUACUCUCGUUCAGUAUCUGACACGAUUUGCAGAAACAGACCUUCAGAAGGCGCGAGUGCUGUUUCGAUGGGAGGCAAACUACUUAUCAUAUGAUGUCAACUACCUCGACACGAAGAUUAGAGGGGAUAACAGUGCCGAAGCUGCACUGGCACGAGGCGUCUGCGUAUGUGACGGUUACGCUAAACUAUACAAAAUGUUAUGCGAAGAGGCUGGUUUGAAAUGUGAAUACAUUGAUGGUGGGUCACGUUCGGCACCAGGACUGGACUACGAACAAUGUCGCGAAGACGGCGAACCUAUUGAACUUCCAGAUUCACACGCUUGGAAUAUCGUCUGGAUCGACAACAGGCCAUACCAGUGUGAUUGUACCUGGGCAUCAGGGAGUACUGGUACGGAAUCAACAUUAGCAAAUUAAACAUUUAUGAUUGA